GUUUGAAGACGGAAAGUUUCACCAUUUGUGCGAGUCUCUUUCAACAUAGACACAAUCUGCGACUUAAAAUGUUCAACCUUGAUCUGAUUUCCGACCGCGUCGCCAGAGCUAAUCUGGAAAAACGUCGCAAAAACGAAAGCGCAAGGCAAGAACGCAUUUUUAACGACAAAGUGAGGCUGAUUGGGAUUGACAAAGAAGCCUUGGACAUGCAGGUGAAAGAGAAGAAGAGACAAGAAGAAGAGGCAAAAAUGAAUCAAAACACCUACGAAGCUGAUAUACUCCAGCAUGUCAAAGUAGCCAACCUCCUUCAGCGCAGACAGGAGAAGGAGAAGCGUGACAUGGAGAAAACCCAAGUGACCUACCGGCAUCAGCACCAGCAACUGUGGAGCCGGCGCGAGUUCGAUCUCAAUGACCCUGACCGCUUCAGAAAAAUGGACGAAAGCGAUGCUCAGAUGAUGCUCCCUGGCCUGGUGGGUGAGGACCGGGACAGUAAGAGCAGACUGCUGAGACAGAAGGAGCAGCUCAGGGAGUGGCUCAUCCAGCAGCAGACUGAACAGGAGGCAGAAAGGCAUCAGCAAAAGAUAGAAGAUCAGAGCUAUGACCAAAGCAGGGUAGAAAUGGACAACAAGGCUGCAGAGCUUCAGAACAUUGAGAUGGAAAGGAGAAAGGCAGCUGCGUUUGCCACUAAUGACUAUAACAUGACCAAGAUUGAGGAGAAACGACAUCAGGAGGAAAGUAAUGCUCAGGAGAGCCACCUGCAAGAAUGUGCUCUGGGAUCGGUGGGAGUGCCCGGCCUGUGCCCCAGCAAAAAGAGAGAGCCUCCUGAGAACCUGCAGCAGGUCAUUCAGUUUCAGAGAAACCAAGUCGAGGAGAAGAAGAGGAUCGAGUUGGAAAGAAAGCAGGAAGAGGAACGCUACGAUCGCCUCCGCGUGGACUCUGCUCGUACAGCUCUGCUGAUGGAGAGGCAGCAGGCCAGGUUGGACAAGCAGCUGAGAAGGAACCUAGACAGCAUCAACGUUCAACUGGCUCAAACACACAAACUACAGAAGCCAGACAUUGAAAAAGGGCGUAUAGAAGACAGCUUCUUCUCAAAGUUUAACACCUGCAGCAGAUGA